AUGGGGUCGGUAGAUUUUGCAGUGAAAGUUCUAGUGAGUUAUAUAAAUGCUAGAGGGAUAGGCGGAGAAUGGGGGCAGCAGGAUUUUUAUGAUAAGUUUUGGGCAGACAUGAAGACUGUUUACGACGAAUUUGUGCAACAUAUGGAAAACACGGAUCAGGACGCAACGUAUGGACAACUGUGUGCCACGGCUGCACAGCUUGAGAAUCCGGACGCCAUGUUACAGAGUGACCGUGUCGUAUGUGAGUUUAUGUUGGGUGCGUUGCUUUUUAAGCAUGGGCUCGAUGUGUCUGGCGCACGCAGGAGUGAGAAGGGGCCUGAAGACCACGGCCAACAAGUGCACGGAUAUAUGACGUGCAUCAUAGUGAAUGUAUUUAUACAGCACAUAUUGGGGGAUGCAUGCCUGAAGACAGAGGGCGCACAGUAUGCAGAACAAGCAAUACAUGGAUUAUUGCAGCCCAACUCGGGGUUAGAGCAGCAUGCUUCGUGUGAUGGUGUAAACUUGGCAACGACCAGAGUAGCCGGGGGCCACUUGAGGAACAAAAUAGGAGACUGGAUAAAGAAGGAAAAGAGCACGUGGGGCGAUACAGCAGCUGCCGGAAUAUUGAGCAGUAGGUGUCAGAACUGGAGUGAAGGAGGACAGACACCUAGAGGAACAGCGCAAAAGGAC